AUGGCCUCGCGUGGAUCCUCCGGCGUCCUCGAAACCCUCAGUUCAGCUUCGCUGAACAGAAUCCAUGAUCUCUCGAGCUCUCAUCCCCCCUUGAAGAAACGCAAGACAUACCACGCAGCUGCAGGGGAGCUAUCACGACAGACAAUCAGCAUCCGGGCCCACGCCGCAGCUUUAUCAGACGAACCAUACCUCCUCGAACCCAUCGCCGUCGUCCCGCGCUCCCGAGUCCCCUUCUCAUGGCUCGAUUCUCCCGCCGCGUCCUCGCAGCUCCAGAGCGGCAGUCUGUUCGUCGCCAACGUCCCUGUGCUAGAGGAUGGGUUGCAGGACCGGACGGAGCCGUGUGUGCUGGCGGUGCGGCUGCUGUCAGAUGGGGACCUGUAUAUCAUUGAGCGGGUCAAGAGGGGCAUCUAUGCGCUUUCGAAGUUGGUCCGGGGCGUGGACGAGGGAGAUAUCUUUGUUGCGGUCAAAGGAUGGAACCCGUCUGCGUGUGCACAGAACGGUUCAUGCGAGCUGCCAGUUGGAGCAGGGCAUGGGGCGGAGUGGUGGGAGCUGGCGCGGAUCGACGACCCCACGGCGGAUACUCCGGUGCCCAAGCGGGCGCGGUUCGAUGUUUCUCUCGUGUUUGACCAAGCCUCGGUUGAUGUCGUUGGCGGGGGUGCAAAGCUCGCGUCUAUGGACAGUCGGAUGCACUCCAUGGCUCCUCCUUCCUUGGCUCUGGAUCUAAGCUGCAGCUCUGAUGUUGCGGUGCCCUUUGUAUUGAAUGGACCUCAGGACAACGAUGGCGACGUAUUUGGGGACAUUGUUGCCCGAGACGAUACGCAGGCGACGGAACCGCCACUGUCGCCGCAGGAGCUGCUGGAUGCUAUGCGGGAUCAGUACUUACAAGCCCUCUACAUCUCCAAGACGUCUGUGGCAUACUUCGCCAAAGGCCCUCUGGCGCGUUGCCGUGCUGCCUUCCAGCCCAUCGAGUCGAGUUCUACAAGCACAGGGGAUCUCGCGGGGUAUUACCGAGAAGCUAUUCUGGCCGCGAAGAAGAUGGAUUUGAAAUACCGCGAGACUCUACCUUCGACGAUCCGUGAUGUUCUCCUGAGUAUAUCGGAAGACGAAUUAAAACAAGCGAGGAAACGCAAGAGCAAGAAGAAGAAGCUGGGAAAGAAUGGGCUCUAUCCGGAAGAGGAGGGGUUCGUUCGCAAGUGGUGGAAAGACCGAGUUCUGACGGACAAUGGGUUUCCGGCGGCGGAGUCGUCCCGGGAAGCAGAGCUGAAGAAACAUGUUGCUGACUUGCGACUACGCGAAACGCAGUUGCAGGUUCUGCUCAUUCUAGAGACACUGGCCCUGGAGGCCACAGUCACUGAGGAGCCAAAGAGCAGCGACACUGCCGACCAGCCAUUAGACGCACCCAAGACUAAGCUUAAAAAAAAAUCUCAGGAUCUGGACGUGCUGCUUGAGCUCCAUCUUGAUCGGUUGUGUAUCUGGCAUGCCGUUAGUACUGGCGACAGCGUGAUGGCGGAUUCAGCCCGGUCCUUUGACAGCGAAACCGGCAGGAAGGUGGAGAGCGAUGCUGUUCGGGACUUCUGCACUGAGGUCAUCAUUCCAUUUUAUGCUUCACGUCUGCCGGACAGAUGCAAGGUGAUUACUCGCAAGCUCGGUGUCUCAGGCAUAUCGCCCAUCACGAAGCAGUCGCACACAAAAAAGACAUCUCGUGGUGAAGCUGGAAAACCAGUCGAGCGCUCGUCGACGCAGAGAAAUCCCCGACGGUCUCUGCAGCGGGUACUUACCGAUCAGCAAACAGCCUCGCAGAAACGCCAGCCCUCUCUGGGCCGAUCCAACACGGUACCCUCGCAGCUGGACGCCAAGCGCGAGUCGGUGGAGCCGUUGCUGCCUAUGCUCAGCACCAGCGUGAGAGGGGGGAUCCAGAAGGCAAAACGGGCGGAGAACCGCGAAGUCGAUCUAAAUGCUGUCACUCGCCAGCACGAAGCCAAACUCCGGAAGGUUCAAAUGCUGAUGGAGCAGAAGAAAGAGCUGGAUGCGGCGAUCAACGCGCUGCGGAAGCCAAACCGAGAACUUGUGGCGAAGGAUAUCGCCGAGGACGCGGACAAGCGGACAUCGAGUGGCAGUUCGAGAAAACCUAAGAACCCGGUGCGCAACCCGUUCGGACAGGGUGUGCAGGUCAUGGCCACUCCCCGGGGCCACCGCAAGAAGGACGCUUUGCCUGCGCUGCCGCGGAGUCUGGUCCGGCCGUCCGUAAGCAAGAAUGGAUCUUCACCGUUUGGAGAUCCGCAAGUUGUUCCUGCGUCUGUCACUCGUCCGAGUUUCCUAUCAAAAGCGUCUGCGCCUGGGUCUCUGGCUCUGCCCUUUGACACAAAUCAACAUGAUCACGGUGCGGUGCAGGAGACGCCGUCUCGGCGGCCUGCGCCUUCGAUGGUGCUGAUGGACGCGACCGAGGCGUCUCCGGGGAUCGCGAAGAAUCUCUUCCGCGUCCCUCAGCGGCCCGAGCCCCGGUCUACAGACUCCGACAUUGCGCCAUCCACGCCGGUAUCGCGAUGCAUAUUUUCCAACCCUCUCCCACCCGCGGAACUCAAACCGUCGACGGUGAUGGAGACUCCGCCGAGGCCGCCCAGCGUGCCGGCCUUCCUCAUGGGGACUGGCCCUCCAGCCUCCCCGGCAGCGAUCCUCACGACGCCGGUGAAGGGGGCAGCUGCUAGGUUAGCGGUGCCGACUGUCUCAGCGGUGCCGGUGACGCCGGAGAAGUCGAUCUACGCGCAGCUGGGAUGGGAUGAGGAUGAACUUGCCUGA